AGAGGCCAGAAAUGCCUCUAUAGUAAAACCGAGGGUCAAAAUAGUGCCCAUGAAAAAAGAAGUCAAAGCGCCAAAAGAGAAAGUCAAAGCAGUCUCUGCAAAGACAGCAGUAGAGGUUCCAAAACAGAAGCCCAAACCAGCUCUGACAAAGAGAGAAGCUGCUCCACUCAAGACAAAACCAGCCCCGGUAGUCAAAGAGGCACAAGUGCCGCACAAAAAUGUCUCUGUAACAAAGGAGAAGGUGAAAGUUGUGCCACUCAAGAAAGUGCCUGUAACUCCAAAAGAGAAAGUCAAACCAGCACCAACAAAAAAAGAGGCUGACGUUCUCAAGGAGAAGAAGGCCGCACCAGUGACUCCCGCAAAAGCACCUGUUAUCAAAGCAAAACCUAAAUCUGCUGAAAAGAAGAAAGGUAUGCAGCAGAA